CGUAUUUCGAAUUCUCAAUAUCAGCGUCAAAAGACUUGAGUAUGUAGAGUUAACACGAUGAGAUACUACACGUUAGUUGGCGACGCGGGGAACCCUCAUGCUUGCACUAGUGACGAAAUUUCGAGCGGUCGAAGAUGUCGCGACAGUUGGUGUGGCAAUCAGUAUCACUGAUUCUUUUCGUUACUGUAUGGGAAUUCGGAAAUGCAUCGCGAAUACUCGCCGUAUUUCCAUCAGCCUCGGUCAGUCAUCAGGUAGUUUUUCGUGGAUUGACCCUGGCCCUUAGGGAACGGGGCCAUGAGCUCGUUGUCGUGACGCCAAACCCGGUGAGGGACCCAAAUCUGAAGAACUACACCGAAAUAGACGUCAGCUACAUCUACGAUCCCAAUAUAAAGUUGGACCUGAUAGAACUGCGGAGAAAAAUGAACUGGGCUGAAUGGAUUUGUACAGUGGCAGACGGGUUUCACGUGGUUAGUGAACAAAUCUUUGAUCAUUCUGAGUUCAAAAAGAUCUACGAGUUAGGCAGCGGUGAAAAGUUUGACUUGCUGUUGAUGGAGACACUUUAUUUUCCAGCAUUUCUAUCACUUGCCAAACGGUUUGACGUUCCGAUAAUUGGAAUGACGUCCCUUAGUCUGACCCUAAACUUGCAAUACUCUAUCGGAAACCCGAUACUAUCUACACAUCAAUCGAUUUGGGACUUGCAGAGAAACGAAAUGUCUGAUCCGCCGACGUUUUUCGAGAGGCUGAGGAACUUUAUUAAUGUGUGGAAAUACAUUUACUAUUUCAACACGGAAUUUAUGCCUGCGCAGCAUGCCAUUGCGGAAAAAUAUUUGGGAAUCGAGAUUCCGGAUCUUGGCGAAAUCGAGAGAAAUCUCAGUUUAAUUUUCACCAACCAACAGGCGCCGAUUUCCUACCCCAGACCAAAUGUACCCACUGUGGUUGAAAUCGGUAACUUUCACGUCUCGAAGAAGAGCGAGCCUAUCUCGAAGGAUCUUCAGAAGACCCUCGACGAAUCCAAACAAGGAUUUAUAUACAUGAGCCUUGGAUCUAACGUGAAAAGCACCAUGCUGGACAAGAAAUCACGGUCCGAGUUUAUUGCCGCAUUUUCCAAACUUCCCUACACGGUAAUUUGGAAGUUUGAGGACGAAUUUCUACCCGGCAAACCGGACAACGUAAUAAUAAUCAAGUGGGCCCCGCAGCAGGCGAUUCUAGCUCACCCAAACCUGAAAGCCUUCUUGUACCAAGGUGGACUUCAGAGCACGGAGGAAGCGAUUUCUCACGGCGUCCCUGUGAUCGGUUUCCCGGUGAUGGCCGAUCAGGACAUGAAUGUUAACAAAAUGGUGUCUCUUGGUGCCGGAAAGAAGUUGGAAAUCACUGACGUAAAGAGGGACGAUUUGAUUGAAGCAAUACAAUCCGUUGCGACGGACGGCAGCUACAAGCAAAAGAUGCUCAACUUGCGCGAACUGUUGAACGACAGGCCGCACGAUUUAUUGGAAAACGCAGUUUGGUGGACCGAACACGUGAUUCGUCACAGAGGCGCCUCUCAUCUGCACUCCAGCACCGCCGACGAGCCGUGGUACCAGCGUCAGGAUAUGGACAUCAUUUUUGUCGUCACCGCCGUAUCUCUGAUAGCGUCAACUUUGUCUCUGAUCAUUGCGUAUCGUUUGUUGAGUUACAGUAUUAACGCUUUCAGUCAUCAACAAUUACCGGUGAAAAAAAAGAAGAAGAUGUAAAAAGCUAGUUAUAUUUUAUCGGAAGCGACGUAAUAAAAAAAUAAGGUAAAUAAAAUGGCAACGACAAUGAAAUAACCUGUUGAACGCGUCGGCGGUUCCAGUUGUUUUCCAUUUCACAUCAACCUCUGUGAAUCGAAUACUGUGAAAAGUGCAACAAUGAAUUGCUCGUUGUCAGUUUAAGCAAUCCUUCCGAAACUGGGCGAUAAAUCAAUGAACCCCUUGAAGCGAGUC